GGUCUUGGGCGGCCAUCAAAGAGGGAGUACCUCAGCGUGGCGGUCACCCGGAGUUAUGCCUGCUGAUAGGAAGUCGACCCGGGGGAGGAUUCGGUCGAGGACCCGGGCAAAAUUCCGAGGAUUGCAGCGGGAGCAGUCCAAGAAAGUCAAUUUGGGAGGGGAGAGCAGUGCGGAGAACCCAGCGACGGAGUCAAACCCUAGGGGUAGCAUGGCGUCCGCGCAGCAGUCUAGGGGGCAGGCAUCUGUGCAUGGCGUCCGGGGUGAGACACGCCGAUCUACAGUAAAGGUGUGGGUCAGCCAGCGCUUCGGGCUGUUCCUGCUAGGUUUCUGGUUCCUCCUGCUGCUGUGCUUCUACACGAGUGCUGGGUUUACGGAUUCUGUAUCUGCAAAUAACUACGUUCUGUGGAGCCGUGAAAAUGCUGAUGGACAAUCUCUGAAUGAAACUUCUGCCUUGAGAUCUCUGAUAAGAUUUUUCUUUCCAACAACAUGCGUUCCAGUGGAGGGUCAGGUGCUAAAGCCUUGCAAGCAGGGGCAAGAUCUUAGCAAGGAUGAAUGUUUGAAAUACAAAUGCUGUUAUUCUACACUUAAGACCACUACGGUUAGCUGUUUUGCCCCGCUGAGAGACAAGCCUACGCAGAUGUUCCGGAUGUUUGGGUUUGGUGUGAUGAGCAUGAUAUUCCUGGGAUGUCUGCCCAUUUAUUGCUGCUCUUUUUGCUGGAGAAGCAAAUGGGCUGGUCUUUUACGAAGAAGAUUGAACAGAGCUUUAAAGCGUUUGAAGAAACACAAAAAGAAACACAGAAAGAGGGAUACUGAAAUGUUGGAAACAGCAGUGGAUGAGGAAGGAUAUGGUGACGUAAAGGACCAGGAGACUAUAGCAUUAUUUUCCUAUUGAGAAGAACGCAUACCUUUCAGAGCAGAGGAGACUGUCCUAGUCAUCUAAAUCUGGUGGAACGUUUUAGAAGGAUAAAAACUUCUGUUCUGCUUAUUUUCAGAUAUAAAAUAAAGUUGCAGUUUAGUUUGUGUGCA